UCCCUUUGCAUCACUUUGUGGUUUGCUUCAAUUCUAGGCUCAAUCGGGUGGUUUCAAGGCUCAUCCUUUCUGGGGUUUUUGUUGUUGUUGUUGUUAAGCUGCUUGCAUUUUGAAGAUGGAGAAGCUCAAUUUUGUGAAGAAUGGUGUGCUGAGAUUGCCUCCAGGGUUCCGUUUCCAUCCCACAGAUGAAGAGUUAGUGGUUCAAUACUUGAGACGAAAGGUGCUAGCUUGGCCCUUGCCUGCCACUAUCAUCCCCGAGGUCGAUGUUUGCAAAGCUGACCCUUGGGAUUUACCAGGUGAUUUGGAGCAGGAGAGGUACUUUUUCAGCACCAGGGAAGCCAAGUAUCCCAAUACCAAUAGAUCCAACAGAACCACUGUUUCAGGCUACUGGAAAGCAACCGGACUCGACAAACAAAUCGUAGCAUCCAGGAGCAACCAAGCUGUGGGGAUGAAGAAAACUUUGGUUUUUUACAGAGGAAAAGCCCCGAAUGGAAGUAGAACAGAUUGGAUCAUGCACGAGUAUCGACUUGUGACAACUGCCUGCAAUGUCCCACCGCUCAAGAAGAACCAAAUUCAGACCAAUGCAGUGCCUAUGGAAAAUUGGGUGUUGUGCCGGAUAUUCUUGAAGAAAAGAGGUGCUAAAAACGAUGAAGUCGGUAAACCAAGGACAACGAGCAGGCCUGUUUUCUAUGAUUUCCUCACAAAAGACUUGAAUCUUGUCCCUUCUUCUUCCUCCUCUGUCUCCAGUGGGAUCACCCAAGUAUCAAGUAAUGACACAGAUGAUCAUGAAGAAACCAGUUGUUGCAAUAGUUUGCCAUAUUUCAGAACAAAACCUUAAAUCAGUCUAGGAUAUGGUAAUUUAUGUCUUUGGUCGGCAUUAAGUACUACAAGAAGAGCAAAAACAAUGUUGGAAAAAGAAAACAUGGGCACCCCUUUGUAAUCUGAUCUCUCAAAAUGUUAUCAAUGUUAGUGAUAUUACUUUCCUUUGGUAUUUUAUUAUUGUUUUUGAUAUGGUCAACUUCACAUUGCUUUGCAC